AAUGCAGGGCCCAACAGUAAACGACGCUCUACCAUUGUCUCAACUCACCAUGUCUUAGUCUAGAUUGCUUCUGUAGAACCCUCUCGUCAACUCUAUCUUCUCUAGCUCUUCCCACAUUCCAGUACUCUCACUCCGUGGCCUAACCAUGGUCAAGCGCAAAGCACCUGCUACCGGUACUAGACACCAAAGCAAGCGCCCGAAGCCAUCCACAACUCCCCAAUCCUUCGUUUGGAGGCCAAAAGAUUGGGAUCUAAAGCGCGGCAUCACUCACGAAGUCUCCUUACUCGUCAGUCGGAUCGACCGCAAACAGCUGGUUGUAAAGAAAAUUAUGAAGAUUAAAUCAAAUUCCGAUAACGACCCUCGGCCCAUUGAGAUCCGAGCUCUUUCGUUACUACCUGACUGUAACAGGGUAGUAAACACCCUCUUCUAUUCCCCUUCCGAUCCUGAUCCUGGGCGCGGGACGGCGUUCUUCGCACACUAUCCCUUGGGAGAUCUUGCGCAGUGGAAGGAGCGAGAUUUCGAUAGUAAGAACCACAAACCAAUACCAGAGAGCUUCAUCUGGCGUUUCUUCCUACAGAUCAGUCAGGCGCAGGCCUUCGUACAAAAUCUGAUUGGUCCAAACCGCGACCAGCGAGGAUGUAUACUCCACCGAGAUAUCAAGCCCAAGAACAUUCUCGUCGUCGACAACGGCACGACAUAUCCAUCAUUCAAGCUACACGACUUCGGCUGCGCGCUAAUGUACCGGGAAUCGAAGGCUCAGCAAGAAGCGCGCUGCGGAACAUUCCACUAUCAACCACCAGAGAUUCCUAUAAUCAAUACGACGGCAGCUGAGACGUGGGCUUUGGGAGCAUGCGUCCACUUCCUCGCAACUGGAAAUGCGCCAAUCCAGAACUUCGGACAAUAUGCUGUCACACGAUUCAAUGAGAACCACAAACAUCCAGAUUCCGCGCGGGGCUACUCUUCUCCGGAUCACUACUAUAGCGCCCGAGUUCCUCGCCAGGUGACGCCAAUCAAUCUUUCCAGGGAGCAGCAGAGGCUACGAGGCAUCGGUCCCGAUAAUCACCAAUACAGUGAUGAGCUGAAUGCGUGGAUGACACGGUGUUUAAGUCAUUCUCCGAACACGAGGCCAACGGCAGAUCGGUUGGUUAACAGCAUGAGUCUCGUGGCCCGCGGGUUGUUGAAGCGUAUGGGAGGAAAGACAGCUCUGGUGGACCUGGACGUAAAGUUCAGUGCCAUCGCGUGAACCGGACAAUCAUCUUCUUGUAGCCCCCAAU